UUCACUUUGAUCCUUGUCUUGUCUGUGGUAAUGGCCGGUGUUUGUCUUGCUGUAAUCAUCACCGUCUGGCUCAUAAGAAAACAUUGGAGCCGUCUGUCACACAGGGACUCUGAGGAGAACAAGACACCACAGAAAACAACUAAAGAUGAUCAUGAGUCCAAAACACCUUUAAUGAGUCAAGAGAGUGAGGUACGGCAACGGGUGUCUACUGUGAAAAAAGAACAUCACAUCCCCCCUAAAGUAUCAUCUCCAACAGUAAGAUGCAAAUUACUUUGUGAAACAGAAUAACCCACAAGGCUGAAGUCCCUGAAUGAAGACAGACUUGAACAAAACUGCCUCAAAGCCUAAAAACAUGUCUAAGAUCAAUUUUCCAAUACGACCCAGAGGACAUGUCUGUCCUGGUUCAUAGAUAAGGAUUCCAGCAGAUCAAAGAGAUUCAUGAACACCGUAGAUUUGGUGUUAAUGUUUUCAUACUGGAAUUUUUUUUUUAGCAUUUGACCUAUGUUUUUAUGUAAGCAUUUUGUAACAUCUGUAAUAUAACUCAUUUGAUAAUUUUAUACCAACUUACUGUUAUAUAUUUGUAUAUAUAAAUUCACUACUGCUUCUUUUUGUUUUGUUUUUCACGUGAACUGAAAUAUGGUAAAGAUGAAAUUGCAGGGAACUGUAAAUAUGCUGAAUAUGCGCACGGGAAGAUCUGCCCUAUUUUCCAGGGUCUGACCUGGAUCCACGUGGUGCCCGUAGAACUUGUACUGUUUUAGCCAGCAGACUGUGAUGGCAGCAGUGGGAGAAGAGGCUCAGUUAAACUGUCAGCUGAUGCAAUCUAAAGAUGUUCUGCAGGUCACAUGGCAGAAACUAUUACCUGAGGGGGAGAAGAAUCUAGCUACUUACAGCAAAUACUUUGGUAAAUGGGUGAAUCCUGACUUUAGAAACAACGUGGAGUUUAAAUGUGCUGGACUACAGAACAACUCCAUAGUCAUCAGGAAGGUGACGGAGCAGGAUGAAGGAUGCUAUCUCUGUUUGUUUAACACCUACCCUGAAGGAGCUCUCACUGCUACAACCUGCCUCCUACUCUAUGAGCUGCAUGAAACCAUUCUCCAUGUUGGAGAAUCCAACUCUUCUGAAGAGGCAGUAGUGUCCUGCUCGGCCACAGGUCGACCUGCUCCCACAGUUACACUGACUGUCCCUCACCACAACUCUUCCAGUGUCACCAACACCAACGGUACAGUCACUGUCACCACUACAGCUGUGCUGUCUCGUCUCCAUGGCAACAGCACACAGGUUGGAUGUGCAGUGCGAGUGCUCUCUAGUCCUCAGAUAGAGGUGUUUACCAUGAUUCCUGAGAUCAGACAGCCGUCUGCUGAUGGUUUUGAUGAGGAAUCUGAAACUAAUAAUAGUGAUCGCAGUAGGACUUGGAUCAUAUUGUCUGUGGUAGCCUGUGUUUGUGUUGUUGCUGCUGUCAUCAUCACAGCCAUCAUGCUUAGACAAAAAAAUCCCAACAGUCUGUCACACAGGGAGCUGGAUGAGAUGUCUCCAACUGCAAUCAAUAAUACUAAUAAGGACUCUGAGGAGAACAAGAAGAACAACACAAGCAUCCAAGAACCUGAUGAGGUCCAUACGUGUGUAGUCACGCAGGACAACAAGCAGAUCAGAACAACUCCACCAGAGACAACUCCUGAGAAAUGUCCGACAAGUGACAAGCCGGAGAAGUCACAUUUAAUAGCAAGAAGACUUGAUUUUGAUCAGUGUCAACAACGUAACACAGAAUAACCCUCAAGACU